AUGGGGAAGAUCUGGAAUCCAUCCCUCUACAUCGGCUCCAUCCUUGAAAGCCAUGAGCAUAGAGUGGCUAUCCUUCCCAAACGCAUCAAGGACUCGAUGCCUUCUCCUGAGCCCAAGCCGGGCGACAAAGGGUGGCUGUACCGAGUCUUAGAGCCAUACUAUUCGCGAGAAUGUGUGGAGAACGUGAUGCAAGCAAUGCUGGAAGGGCAAAUUUCAUCUGGAGCGGCCUGGCCGCGAAAGAUGGUCCAAGAGAUUUGCAAUCUCUACAAGGUGCCUGUGGCGCUCCCCACCUCCUCGGGCGCCUCUGCAUUGCACGUGGCACUCUUGGCCUGCAAUCUGGGCCCGCAGGACAUGGUGCUUGUGCCAGCCCUGACAAUGGUGGCCGUCGCGAACAUGGUGAAGAUGGUGGGCGCCAAGCCCAUCUACUGCGACUGCGCGCCUGGCUCCGUGAACCCCAGCCUGGCCGAGCUGCGAGAGAAGGCCACGCCACGCACCAAGGCCGUGAUCGUGUGCCACACCUAUGGUGUUGCUUGUAGGGACAUCGUGGCGAUCCGAGACCUGUGCAAAGAGAAAGGUUGGUGGCUGGUUGAGGACAUUUGUGAAGCCAUGGGCACCCGAGCAGACAAUGGAGAGCUGGUGGGGACCUUUGGCGACUUCGCAGUGACCUCGCUUUAUGCCAACAAACCCAUCACUGCUGGGGAUGGUGGCUGGGUCCAUGCUCGUGACCAGAAGCACCAUGACCGUCUGAAGUCGCUGGUGAAUCAUGGCUUUGAUCCAGCGUAUCAUUUCCUUCACUUUGAAGUUGCGCCAAAUGCAAAGAUGAACGGCCUCGGUGCUGCUUUUGUUUGCUCUCAGGUGAAGACGCUACCAGAGGUGAUGGAGUAUCGAGGUCAGGUGGCCAGUUGGUAUCGACAAGAGCUGGCGGGCAUUUCUGGCACAUUGCGCUGCAUCGAGCAGAGGCAAAUUGACGCACCGUGGGUCUUCGGCGUGGAGACAAACGAUCGAAGAUCACGCGAUGAGCUGCGAGAUCAUUUGGCUGUGCAUGGAGUGGAGACUAGGAACUACUUCUAUCCGUUGCACCUUGAACCUGCAAAUUUUUAUGGCGAUGAAGUCGGUGUCUAUGAUAUUGUUUUGCCCAAUGCUGAACGUCUGGCACAGACUGGCUUCUACUUGCCGACCCACUCGUUUCUGCAACCAGAUGAUGUGCUGUACAUUUGUACUGUGAUUCGCGCUUUCUACAAAUCAGAUGUCACCAUCAUGGCACCUCCGCGUGUGCAUCAUUGGGUGGAUGUAGAGCGGUCCAAGCUCCUGAAAGGCUAG